AUGGCACUUUGAACGAUCGUAGACAUGAUUUACCCGGCCCAUCUCGUACCGUUACAACAGACAAAACAAUUGAUAACGUUAGAACAUAUUUUGACGAAAAUACAAAUACUUCAAUUCGGAAAGCUGCUCAAGCUUUAGAUUUAAAGCGAGAAACUCACCGAAAGAUUGAUUGUCAUAAUGGAUCUACUUUUCAUCACCGGCAACAAUCCAGUAUAAAAAUUAUUUUUCUGUCACAAUCAGAGCAGUGGCGAUGGAUACAUGGUUCAGCAUGUUUACUUCAGUUAGUUCAUGUGGUAUCUAUUUUCCCUUCUUUUGAAUUUUUCCUAUAAAUAGUCAGAAACUAUCGAAAUUGCAACAUUUAGUGUUACAGCCAAUUCCAGGAGUGUUUGAAAUUGAUUUUGGUCCAAUAAUGCUUGCAGUUCAGCAUCUUCAAACUUUUUUGGGUAACCUGGACAUUCCUUGUCUUUUACAUCAAAAUCACCACUUUUGAAUCGUCGAAAUCAAUUUCUACAUGUUGUUUCUGAUGGAGCAGAGUCACCAUAAAUUUCCACUAAUAGUCGAUGUGUUUUAAUUGCAGUUUUCUUUGUAUUAAACUAAUGGAAGAGAAUACGCCGAAAAGCAACUUAUCGUGUUCCAUUCAGAAUUGAUUUAAAAACAAUAUCACUGCUCGCAAAAGUAAACCUUGAUGGACUGAAUUCUAUUGAAAAAUGUUUAAUCUUUAAUAUAGCGUGAGUUUCAGCUAUCACAAUUCACUACAUUUGCAGCUGAAGCCAUCUAAAUGCGAACAGCGGAAAUUAACUGUAACACGCUAAUUCGUCUAGAGCUAAGCCUGAAAAGAAAACAAAUAUGAAGGAAUCUUCAAGAAAGAAGCGAGGAAAUGAUACAGAUGAUGAACCUGCUCCCAAGAAAGCAAAAAAUGAACCAAAGGAAUCUAAGAAAACAAAUAAUGAAACCAAAUCUACUACGAAGAAAGCAAAGGAUGAACCCAAACAAAAUAAGAUUGAUACAAAUUUGGAUGAGAUAGAUUUUGAAUGUAUGAAGCCAAACGUGGAAGGAAAAGAAUACAACUUGAAAAUUUGCACUUGGAAUGUUUCUGGAAUCAGAGCUGUUAUUAAAAAAAAUGGAUUAGAUUACAUUGCCAAAGAAGAUGCAGAUAUAAUAGCUUUGCAAGAAACAAAAUGUGGCAAAGACAAAAUGCCAGAUGAAAUCAAAUUAUCAGGAUAUCAUCAUUAUUUUCUUGAUAGUAAACAGUCAGGGUACUGUGGAGUUGCUUUGUUCUGCAAGGAAAAGCCAGUUUCUGUGAAAUAUGGUUUAAAUAACUCUAACUUUGAUAGUGAAGGUAGAAUAAUUGCUGCUGAAUUUCCAGAAUUUUUCAUGGUUAAUGUUUAUGUACCAAAUGCUGGGCAAAAACUAGUAACGCUGCCGAAACGAUUGGAAUGGAAUAAGAUAUUUAAGAAAUAUAUUGAAGAAUUGGAUCAAAAGAAACCUGUUAUCAUAUGUGGUGAUAUGAAUGUUGCUCAUCAAGAAAUAGAUUUAAAAAAUCCAAAAACAAAUACUAAAAAUGCUGGAUUCACCAAAGAGGAACGAGACGGUAUGACUGACUUUUUGGCUGCUGGAUUUAUAGAUACAUUCAGGUUAUUAUAUCCUGAUAAGGAAGGUGCAUAUACAUUUUGGUCAUAUUUUGCCAAUGCGCGUAAUAAAGAUAUUGGAUGGCGACUUGACUAUUUCUUGGCAUCAGAAAGAAUCAAGAAUAAAAUAUGCGAUAAUAUCAUAAGAAAGCAAGUUUAUGGCAGUGAUCAUUGCCCUGUAAUACUUUAUGCCAAUUUAUAAUAAAAGUUGGAUUACAUUUUUGUGAUGCAUAGAAAUGUCACAAUAAAAACUCUUUUCAAAUGAAUAGAGAUAUUAAUAUGCGAACAAGUAAUUACAUUCUUUAUUACAUAUAGAUAUUUGAAACAUAUUCUUUGAUAUUGUAUAGGAUGUUCUACUAAAUAUAUCUGUCUUAUAAUUUAAUUUCAAUCAGGUAAAACAAACUUAGUGUACUUAUUUUAUAUCUUGUAACGUAAUAAAUAUUUUACUAAAAGU